AUGGUUUCGCAGGGUAGGUUAUCUUCUGACGACACGAAAGCGGUUAAGUCUUCCGGGCCUCAUUGCCUGUCCAACGAGCAUGAUAACACCUCCAAAGCAUCUAAUGGUUCUAAUAACUCGAACCGCUCGAAUAAUUUCAGUCGUUCGAACUGCUCGAAUGGCGCUCCGGUCGUCGUGCUCUCGUACCGCCAAGCGGCGCGCCUCGCAGCCGUGUCGACCAUGGUUCUCGUGCUGCUGCUCGCCGCUGCCUUCCAUCUCGGCCGUAUGUCCAUCGGAGAAAUCGCAGCCGUUGAUUCGUCACACCUGGGCAAUCUCCCCUCAUCAAAUGCAGUCUCAUUUAGCGAUGUCUCAACAGCGAUCUCCCCUGAAACCCCUCGUCGUCGCGUGCUGAGAUCCCGAGGCCGUCCCAGACCGGCCAAACCCGCCAAAAAACCUGCUCCUGCCGAGAAACCUGCUCGCGCCAAAAAGCCUGCUCCCGCUGAGAAACCUGCUGAAAAACCUGCUCCUGCGGAAAAACCUGUUCCCGCCAAGAAGCGUGCUCCCGCCAGAAAGCCUGCUCCUCGCAAGAAGAAGCCGCAAGCAGAGGCAAAGGUAGAGGUGAAGGAGGAGGCGAAAGAGGAGAACAUGACAAGCUCCACGUCACCAGCCGCCACGUCAGCUUCUGCGGAGUCCACGUCAGCGGCCCCUGCAACGACGGUUGACCCAACAACGUAUUACACGGCGGAGGGGUUGCAGCGGCUGCAGGACCCGUGUGGGGGAAUCGGUGGUGGCACCGGGAAUCCCGGCAGCAGCAGCAACCGGAGGUGCUACAAUCGGUGCCACAGGCGAACGAGGUCGGGGUACUGUGUGAAGGAGCUGCUGUCGCUAUACGAUGAAGCAUACAGCCCUCUCUGGCCCGCACGCGUGGACCUGGUGAUUCGCAGCUACGUGUCGGACAACUUUUUCCUCACGGCGUUCCUCUUUGCCAGCAUCGAGCAGAUGUGGCCAGCUGGCAUUGGUGACGUCAUCCUGGUGCUGGACGAGAGCGACCGCCACGUGGAGGACAUCGUGCCGCCCUGGGUGAAGAUCUACUACGAGAAGAACUACCUGGGUCUCACGCCCAAGCUGGUGCAGCAGUGGAGCUACCUGUGGGCCGACAAUUACACCACGGCACCGUACAUCGCCAUUAUUGACGAUGACGUCAUCUUCAACCUCAAGGUGACUCCAGGACUUCUCUUUAAUUUAACGGACGGCAAGCCAUUCAUAAUCGGCAGCAAGAGCACGCAGGGCAAGAACUAUCGCACCUCCUCGCGCUUCUUUGUCGGUCCGGGCCGCUACCACGCCAACUUCAUGGUGCAGCUGCCCUUCCUCUUCCCCCGCGCCGUGCUGCCCAAGUUCCGAGAGCACGUGGGGCUGCUGCACGGCCGCAAGUUCGGGGGGAGCUUUGACGCGGCCUUCAAGUUCUGGUCGGUCCGCGGACCUAUUGCGGACCGCUCGCAUGUCGCGCACACCACGCUUGGGAACUACAUGUGGUUUUUCGCUAAUGACUCGGCACAUUGGGCCUUCGAGUGGGAGUCUCGCACGCCCAUCCCACGAGUCGGCGUGCACAUCCCCCACACCCACGAGUUCCGCAACGCAUCUGGCUCCGCUGCCGGACCCCCCCAACGACUCGUCAAGACCUACGUUGACCUGACCGGAACGUACGCGCAUGAAGGGCUGUGUAAUGCGUUCCCUGAAGGGGAACUGGCCCAUUGCGAGGACGCGUCGAGGGAGCAGGGCCAGAUUUGGAGGUAUGCUUUAAGUGGGAGUGAGUGGUCAAUUUUCCAAAGCGGGUCGGUGAAUGGGACGGUGAUGCACGAUGAUUAUAAGUGGGAGUUGAAGUGUAUGUAUGAGCGUGUGGUGGGGGCGAAGACGGGGGAGUGGAAAGGAGAUGUGGAGGGGAAACGGCAGGAGCUGGUGAAGGAAUUGACAAAGAACUGCAUUGUUCCGCACUCCAACAAGCGAACGAAAUCGGGGUACUGUGUCAAGGAGCUGCUGUCGCUAUAUGACGAAGCUUACCGCCCGCUGUGGCCGGCGCGCGUGGACCUCCUGAUCCGCAGCUACGUGUCGGACAAUUUCUUCCUCACGGCGUUCCUCUUUGCCAGCAUCGAGCAGAUGUGGCCAGCUGGCAUUGGUGACGUCAUCCUGGUGCUGGAUGAGACCGACCGCCACGUGGAGGACAUCGUGCCGCCCUGGGUCAAGAUUUACUAUGAGAAGAACAUUCUGGAUCUGCCCGGGAAAAUACUUCAGCAGUGGAGCUACCUGUGGGCCGACAACUACACCACUGCGCCAUACAUCGCCAUUAUAGAUGAUGACGUCAUCUUCAACCUCAAGGUGACUCCUGGGCUUCUCUUCAAUCUAACAGACGGCAAGCCGUACGUGAUAGGCAGCCGGCAGAAGCAGAUGAACCACUGGGUGCCGUCAACGCACUACUUCGUGGGCAAGAGCUACUACUUCGCCAACUUCAUGGUGCAGCUGCCCUUCGUCUUCCCAAGGGACGUGCUGCCCAAGUUCCGCGACCACGUGACGCGCAUCCGCGACGGCAAAUUCCCCAGCUUCGAUGCGGCGUUUCUCAACUUUGCGAGACACGGGCCCAAGUUCGAAAGAACGCAGAUCGCCCACACGACUUUGGGAAAUUUCAUGUGGGCCUUCACACAGGACGAGGUGCACUGGGCUUUAGAGUGGACCAACCACGUGCCCAUCCCGCGUGUCGGCGUGCACAUGUCCUACUCACAGCCCUUCCGAGAGGCCACCAACAACAGCGACACCGCCCCCCGCGUCGUCAAAAUCUACGUAGCCCUCGCAGGGUACUACGCACACGAGGCACUAUGCCACGCGUUUCCCAAGGGCGCUCUCGAUCGGUGCGGAGACGUGCUGAAAUACGAGCAGCGGCAGAUCUGGCAGUAUGUAAUGGAUUGGUAUGACUGGCCGGCGAUUAAGCACAAGAGGCGGAACGCUACGUUUGUGUAUGAUUUGUAUAAGCGGGAGCUCGCGUGUAUGUAUGGGAAGGUGGUGGAUGCACGCACUAAUGAGUGGACGGAUCAUAUUAUAGCAAGGCGGAGGGAGCUGGUGAAUGAGAUGACGAGAGACUGUGUCACGCCACACUCCAAUUAA